AAUACACCAGUGGGCACUCCGAUUUUCAUAGUGAACGCCACGGAUCCGGACCAGGGGGCAGGAGGCAGCGUGCUUUACUCCUUCCAGCCUCCUUCCAAUUUCUUUGCUAUCGACAGUGGCCGUGGCAUCGUGUCGGUGAUACGGGAGCUGGACUACGAAGUGACUCAGGCAUACCAGCUCCAGGUCAACGCGACGGACCAAGAUAAAAACAAGCCACUGUCCACUCUGGCCAAUCUGGCAAUCACCAUCACAGACGUGCAGGACAUGGACCCCAUCUUCAUCAACCUGCCCUACAGCACGAACGUCUAUGAGAACUCACCUCCGGGUACCACCGUGCGGAUGAUAACGGCGAUCGACCAGGACAAGGGCCGUCCCCGGGGCAUCGGCUACACCAUUGUCUCGGGUAACACCAACAGCAUCUUUGCACUGGACUACAUCAGCGGAGCCUUAACCCUGAAUGGGCCGCUGGACCGGGAAAACCCCUUCUAUAGCGCUGGAUUCAUCCUCACAGUGAAGGGGACAGAGCUGAACGAUGACCGCACACCCUCCAACGCCACCGUCACCACCACCUUCAACAUCCUAGUCAUUGACAUUAAUGACAACGCGCCCGAGUUCAACAGCUCGGAGUACAGCGUGGCCAUCCCGGAGCUGGCCCAGGUGGGCUUUGCCCUUCCCCUCUUCAUCCAGGUGCAGGACAAAGACGAG